AUGAAAAAUUCGUUUAGUGAAGCGAAAAAAUUGCCAGUGAAGGAGAUGAAUUUGAGCCAGAUUUUAAAAGAUUUUGCGAUGAACACGGAGGAAUUUGUGGAUCUGUGCAUUUUGCUUGGUUGUGAUUACACAUCGACAAUCCGUGGCAUCGGCCCAAAGAAAGCAUUCGAUCUUAUCAAAAAGCAUAGAUGCAUUGAAAAUGUCCUGGAGAACCUUGAUCAGACGAAGUACGCUAUACCUGAGAAUUGGAAGUUUAAAGAGGCUCGCCGCUUAUUUUUGGAACCCGAAGUUAUGGACUGUGAGGACUUGCAGUUAGUGUGGAAGGAUCCAGACAUCGAAGGAAUUGUGCAGUUUCUGUGUGGUGAAAAAAGUUUCAAUGAAGACAGAGUGAGGGCCAGCUUGGCUAAAAUGCAGAAAGGGCGCCAGGCUGGCCAGCAGGUCCGGAUCGACUCGUUUUUCUCAGUAAGCAAAGUGGUCACCUCGGAAACAGCCAAAAGAAAAGCUGUGGAAGAGAAGGGCGGCAGCCAGAAGAAGCGUGGCCCGAACUUGAACAAAAAAAUGAAGAAAUGA